AUGAGAAGGGCAUCUCAUGUAUUAUUCAAUACCUUCAACCAGGAUUUCGGCUGUUUUGUAUGUGGACUGGAUGAUGGUUUUCGGAUUUAUAACACGGAUCCGUUGAAACAGAAUUUUAAUGAGAAAUUAAAUGGUGGCAUUGGAGCAGUGGAGAUGUUAUUUCGUUGCAAUUAUGUAGCACUUGUUGGUGGGGGCGUAACGCCUGCUUUUUCAACAAAUAAAGUGAUAAUUUGGGAUAUUAUUAAUCAUAAAGAAGUGGUUCAGUUAGAGAUGAAUAGUGAUGUACGAGCAGUACGUUUACGUCGCGACCGUAUUGUAGUGGUUCUCGACACAUCCCUCCAUAUUUUUAGUUUCACAGAUCAACCUAAAAAAUUGCAAGUAUAUGAUUCAAGUAGAAAUCCACGUGGAAUAUGUUGUUUGUGUCCAGCAUCUGAAAAUUCUCUUCUUGCUUUUCCUGCACCCUCUUCAUCGUCGGCAGUUUGCUGUUUAACAUUGGCCGAACCAGAUGCUCCUCCCAGAAUAAUCAAUGCCCAUCAAAGACCGUUAUCUGCCAUUGCACUUAACCUUACUGGGGAACAGUUAGCUACAUCUUCUGAAAAAGGCACCAUAAUAAGGAUUUUUGACACCAAAACUUGUCUUUUGUUGAAAGAACUGCGACGUGGAACGAAUCCUGCUUCUAUUUUUUGUAUGAGUUUCUCAGUGGAUUCGACCAUGCUGUGCGUAUCUAGCAAUCAUCAUACUAUUCAUUUGUUCUCUUUGGCUAUGAAGAAGAAGAAAGUCCCGCUGAGGAAGUUGAGUUUUUCUGGUGAAGUCAGCGUCUCACGUUUCCGAUUACCUUUCUGUUUUAAAGACAAGGAUUCCUGCAUAUGCGCUUUUGGACCACAGCCUGAUUCUGUCAUUGUAGUCUCGUCCGAUGGAAGCUAUUGCAAAUUCAAUUUUUAUUCAGAACGGAAUGAGUGCAUACGACAAACUUGUUCACUCUAUUUGGAAAUAACCAGUGAUUCAUAA